AUGACAACGACUGCAUCAAUUUUAGACUCAUCCGAAAUUGUGUUAGAGUUACCUCCCUUCUCCCGCCAAUAAGUCCACGUUGCAAAUCCAUAAACAAAGAUAUUUGAGAAGCCUAAUAAUUAGUUGUAAUUAAAGCGUGAUACUACAUAUCUAAAUGCUGGCUAGCGACAGGAUUAUACAGGCUUACUUGAUAGAAUGAUCGUAAAGAAUGCAUCCAAGAAAAAGGAGAAAAUUGUUGACCUGGUUAAUUGGCAUUUUUGUUUCACUUUUGACGUUUUAUUUUGUGAAAAAUGCAUACACGUUCGUUGUCAUGAAAAAGUUAAGAGCCAGAUUGAAACCAGGGGAAUAUCUGGUAGAUUUGGGUGACUUUGAAAUGGCAAAGUUUUUUACUGUGAAUGAACCCGCUAUAAAUCCCUUGCAAGGUAGACAGGAUGGAAAUAUCACUCUACACCGGCAGCUUCCAGAUACCAGACCAGCCAUAUGUUUGUCAAAGAAAGAAAGUAUUAUAUCUCUACAAACCAGUAUUAUUGUCUAUUAUAACAAUCAAAUGAGGUUAAAUGUACUGAAAACUAUAUACAGUAUUUUGUUAAGAACUCCACCAGAGUUGAUCAAUGAAAUCCUACUGCUGGAUGAUAAUAGUGAAGAUGCAAGUGCCUCUGAAAUGCUGUCAAGAAUUCCAAAAGUGAAGAUUAUUCGUAAUCAGAAACAAGAGGGUAUAAUACGAAGUUAUAAUCUAGCUGCUAGUAUGGCACAGGGACCUGUGUUAAUGUUUCUUAAAGCUGACUGUGAGGUGAAUGUUGGAUGGCUUCAGCCGUUGAUUGAUAGACUGGCUCAAUUACCAACUGCUGUUGUUGCCCCUGUACUGGAUAAAAUUGAUACAAAGGGAGAAUACUCUGCCUCAAUGAAUUCUGGAAGGGGAGGGUUUGAUUGGAGUUUAAUCUUUAAAUGGGAAGAGAGCAGUCAAGGAAAUGAGCAGCUAAAUGGCAAAAUUAUAAGGUCCCCAGUUUAUCCAGGUCAUGUAUUUUGUAUAAGAAAAGACAGAUUCCUACAGCUGGGAAAAUUUGAUGAUGAGCUAGAAUUAGAGGGUGGAGACAAUUUUGAAUUAUCAUUUAAAACAUGGUUGUGUAAUGGUGUUGUCGAGAUAUUGUUGUGUAGUCGUGUAGGUCACCACGACCUGGACAACGAGAUUCAUGGAGUACCGUCCGGAAAGCAGAACAUCUACUUAAAGAAUAUCAAGCGUGUUGCAGAGAUUUGGAUGGAUGAUCACAAGAGAUUCUUCUACUACACGAAACCUUCUGCUCGAAUGCUGAACUUAGGAAGUGUUAUGGAGAGAAAGUCCUUGAGGAAGAAUUUAAAAUGCAAAAACUUCAAAUGGUAUCUGGAUAAUGUGUAUAAAGAGCUAAGACUACCAUUGACAGAUGAGAUAUUGUUUGGUAAUAUUCGUCAAGAUGACCUCUGUGUGGACAUUGAGAUAGGUCAUGUACCUGCUAUAGCCAAGCUUAGUGAGUGUAACAAUGACAGGGGCACUCAGGACUGGUCUUUUAAGAAGAAAGGGGAGAUAAGCAAUGGUGGAAUGUGUUUGACCGCUGACACUAUUGGCACACAUGGUUAUGUGAUGAUACAUUUUUGUACAAAAGAAGACUCACAGAAAUGGAGAUAUUUAAAUGGUCAGAUUUAUCGUGAGGGAACCAGUCAGUGUUUAGACAGUCACAAAGCUGAUGUUGGCCUCGUUAUCUCACAGUGUGAAGAAUUAUUUUCUAGUCAAAAAUGGAAGGUAGCUUCAAAAUCCAUGCUGUCUCGAAACAAAGAUGAAGUUUGAAUGUAAAGAUUACUAGCAAAAAGACCUGGGACCAAAGUGUCCUUAAAACACAACACUAUAAAAGCCUUACACUCACUGGUACUUUGCAAAGUUCUUUGCAGUGUCACAAGUGCCUGUUAUUCAUAAAGAUAAAUUCAAACCCCUUAUUAAAUUAUACGAAUUGCAAAUGUUUUUAACUUUUAGCCUGCUGGUCGCAUCUUAAAGAUCCUGUAUGUUGUAAUUAAGGUUGUUUCCACACUUAAGUGAAAUUUUAUAUAUGUAUAUAAUUAUGCUUCUGAAACAGUUUUCAAACAUCGAAGAAUACAUACUGCAAAUAUUUGUUCACAUUAUACAUUAUGUAAUCAUUAAAAUAUAUGCAUUCAUUUCUUAUUGAAAAAUUUGACUUCAAAUUUAUAGAAAAUAAAUUUCUUAUUACCUCCCUUUAUUAACAUGAAAUGUAAAUUCAGUAAUAUCUUCACAAAUAAUGCUUUUAGAACUUACAAUAUUGAUAAAUCUUCAUUUGAGCAUUAUAUUUAUGAUAUAAAACCAUAAAAAAUUGAGUUACAGGAUCUUUAAUAAACCCAUACUAUCAGAACAGACCAGGAUCAGCUGUCAGAUCUGUUCUGUACUUCUUGCUGUUCAAUCUAUACAUAUUUAAAAAGUUUCUUUUAAAGCAGCAUGCCUCCAGAUUAAUGCUAAUUUUCAUGAAAAUGUAUUUAAAGUUAAAUAAUGUGACAUGAAGUGAUGUCCAAUUUCUAAAUAAUGUAUGGCAGUCUUUUUACAUUUUAGGCAACUUUAUAAUUUAUCCUUUUUUCCAAUAUCAACUGUUGGUCAAACACCAUUAUAUCAGUUAAUCUUUUAAACAUGAAAAUGACAAAAUGAACAUGAUGUCACUUUAAAAGAUUUUCAUCAUUGUACCUUUCUUGAUGAAUUUCUAAAAUGGCUUUACUAUAAUAUUUUGAUUUAUUGUACUUAAAAGUAAUGUUCUUAAUAUUUUGAGAAGUAAAACAACACAAAUACAAGUAAGGGUCAUGGACAUAUUUAUUUAUUCAAAAUAAUGAAGAGACUUGGGGGGGGGGGCACUUGAUCAUUUUCUUUGUUGAAUAAUUUGCACAAAGUUGAUAUAUUUUCAUUAAUUACUUUUGAGUUGAGAUUAACUGAUAUGAAAUGUAUAUCUGUUGAUAUUUGAACAAGUGUUUUGUGUAGAAGGACAAAAUGGUGUUAUAAUUUGAAAACUAAUCAGGUUGUGGUAAAACUGCAGUUUCUACCUUUGUCCAUCCCAUUAAACAGAAAAGCACUGCCAAUGCAAAGAAACGAAUUUCUUUUUACAAAUAUGUUCAUUAUAGCCUUCAUUUUGUCCUAUUCUGAAAUAAUUGCCUUGGCAGAACAAAAGGUAAAAAGGACAAUAACCUAAGGUAUUGUUAUACAUAUUUUGUAUUGUUUUCUGUUUUGUUUUUUCUUCAACUUUCAUUCUGUUUUGUUCUGUUCAUAUUAGAACUGGCUAUAGGUUGUGUUUUAGUAAAUCUCUUAAUUUGUGCCAUAUAACAGCUAUAGUUUGUGCCAAAAUUUUAUGUGUGCAAUAUAACUAUAAUAGUCCUAUUAUUUUGAUUUAUUAGCAUAAUGUAUUAUUG